CAUAUGCAUCCCAAAACCACCGAGUACUUUCUCCAUUUACUUCAAUUCUCAUCAUUCCAAUUCAAUUCGCGAAAUUCAAUUCGCGAAACAAACGCGAAGGAAUGGAUCAGCAGCUACCAACAUGGGCCAGCUACGCAGCCACCGUCGCCGCCACGCUCCUCCUCCUCCAUGCGCUCCGCCGCCUCCUCUUCGGCGGCCGCGCCAAUUGCCGCAAGCUCAACCUGCCCCCGGGGCCGAAGCCGUGGCCGAUCAUCGGCAACCUCAACCUGAUCGGCGCGCUCCCCCACCGCUCCCUCCACGCGCUGUCGCGGCAGUACGGGCCCCUCAUGCACCUCCGGUUCGGGUCCUUCCCCGUCGUGGUGGGGUCGUCGGUCGACGCUGCCAGAUUCUUCCUCAAAACGCACGACGUCGCGUUCACCGACCGGCCGAAGACGGCAGCCGGCAGGUACACGACGUACAACUACUCGGACAUCACGUGGUCGCCCUACGGGGCCUACUGGCGGCAGGCGCGGAAGAUGUGCCUGACCGAGCUGUUCAGCGCCCGGCGGCUCGACUCGUACGAGUACAUCCGGAGGGAAGAAAUCCGGAGCCUGGUGCGCGACCUGCGCGGGGCUGCUGCUGCCGGCGGCGCGCCCGUGCUGCUGAAGGACUUCCUGUCGACCGUCAGCCUGAACGUGAUCAGCCGGAUGGUGCUGGGGAAGAAGUACCUCGACCCGGCGGAGGCCGCCGGCGCCGUCGUGUCGCCCGACGAGUUCAAGUGGAUGCUGGACGAGCUCUUCCUCCUGAACGGUGUUCUCAACAUCGGGGACUCCAUUCCCUGGCUCGAUUUCCUCGAUCUGCAAGGAUACAUAAAGAGGAUGAAGAAGUUGAGCAAGAAGUUUGAUAGGUUUCUUGAGCAUGUUUUGGAUGAGCAUAAUGAGAGGAGGUGGAAAGAAGGGGAGGAGUUUGUGGCCAAGGAUAUGGUGGAUGUGUUGCUGCAGCUUGCAGAUGAUCCCACUCUGGAGGUCAAGCUCAAGAGAGAUGGAGUAAAAGCUUUUACUCAGGACCUGAUCGCCGGGGGAACGGAGAGCUCGGCGGUGACGGUGGAGUGGGCGAUCUCGGAGCUCCUAAAACAACCGGAGAUCUUCGCGAAGGCGACCGAGGAGCUGGACCGGGUGAUCGGCCGGGAGCGGUGGGUGGAGGAGAGGGAGGUGCACAAGCUCCCCUACGUCGAGGCGAUCGUAAAAGAGACGAUGCGGUUGCACCCCGUCGCGCCCAUGCUCGUGCCGCGGCUCUCCCGCGAGGACUCGCAGAUAAACGGCUACGACAUCCCGGCGGGGACACGCGUGCUCGUGAACGUCUGGACUAUCGGACGCGACCCGGAGAUCUGGGACAAGCCCGAGGAGUUCCGGCCGGAGAGGUUCCUCGGAAGCCCCAUUGAUGUCAAGGGCCACGAUUUUGAGCUGUUGCCGUUCGGGUCGGGCCGACGGAUGUGCCCCGGGUACAGUCUGGGCCUGAAGGUGAUCCAGGUGAGCCUGGCCAACCUGCUGCACGGGUUCGCAUGGCGACUGCCGGACCGGAUGAAGCGCGAGGAUCUGAGCAUGGAGGAGAUAUUCGGGCUGUCAACGCCGCGCAAAGAGCCGCUCGAGGCCGUCGUCGAGCCGAAGCUCCCGGAACAUCUUUAUGACCUGUAGAUCUGUGAUGUUGCUAUUUCAUAUAUAUAUAUAUAUAUAUAUAUAUAUAUAAAUUGAUGUUGUGGUGUCGAAAGUGAAAGUGUGUUCUUAGUUUCACAGUGACUAGUUUCGACAAUGUUUGAGAGAGUUAAUGUAUGUGCUAAUGGAAUAAUAAUGUAGUACUGGAGUGGAGAGGUGAGAUGUAAAGCUAUAUAUGGUAGAUGCUUGAAUAAGAGCUUGUUUUACAUUGAUGCUGA